AUGGCGACAGCGUCGGCUGCGGCUGCCACUGCGGCUGCGGCUGCGGGUGCUUUCACCUCGAGUGCGCAGCGAAUGUACACACUGCACAGUCGACCGAUUGCGUCCCCUACGACGUGCAAGGCCGCAUACCAACACGACUCGACGACUCAGAUCCUGUCGACGCUCAUCAUCGUUGGCCUGAUCGCGUCGUAUCUGCCCCAGGUCAGUCGAGACCAGUCCCGUGAUCCCGUGGUCGUCGACCUGCCCCUCUCUCUCGCGUACGCCCCAGUACGAUGGCGUGCUGACACUUCUCGAUCUGUCUCUGCACUAUCCAGCACUUUCGAAUCAUUCACCACAAGACCUCGGAUGGAUUCAGCCCUUUCUUCUUGCUGCUGGGCUCCACAAGCAGGCACGCGCAUACCCUCGGCUCCCCGUUCGGAUCCGACACAUCGGAUGCCCUCGAGCUCGUAGCCGGCUGACCUUUGUCUCGUGACUCCCCUCGGCAGUGCGAGUAGUCUGCUCAACAUCGUUACCCUGCAAUGGGGUCAAGUCGCGUGCUGCCAAUACCUCGUACGUCCGCUCGGCUCUGACAAAGUUCCGCUUCCAGCGUACUGACCCUUCCUGUUCGCUUUCUUGUGCAGUCCGCGGGGCAGUGCUUUGAAUCGAUCCUCGGCAUCGGCCAGGUGUUUUUCCAAUGGUUCUGCUUCCUCCUCAUGCAAGUCCUCCUCCGAAAGACUGGUCCCCGCAGAUCCUUCGCCAAACGCGAGCACCUAACGCUAACCCAAUCAACGGAUCCUCACGCAACAGCUUCAUUCUCUACCUCAUCUACUUCCCGAGGUCGCAAAAAUACAUUCGGACCGUACCCCUCGAAACCAACGCGAUCCCUGCCGAACGUCCUUGGUCAGAUCAUUUGAUCCCUUCCUUCAUGCGCACCUCGACGCCCCGUGACUUGAUUCGAUCCAGAUCACGCUCGUCGUCCAUGUCGUCGCGUUCCGCCGCUUCGACCAACUCGAGCUUCGACCCUCGUUCGAUGCUCCUCCCCGGACAAGUCGCCAAGAGCAGCAUCAUUCUCGCGCCAGAGUAUCGACGAGCGGUCUCUCUCUUUGCGUUGACGAUGCUCCACCUCGCUCUCACGCUCUUGACGACCGUCAUCCUCCUCGUCACAUUACCCAAAGCACCGCACGAAGGAUCACCUCCUGCGUUCCCAGGAGGAGGGAGAGAACAUCCUUCUGAACGAGCGGUCAGGGUUUGGGCUACGACGUUGGGUUUGGUGGCCGUCGUUUUGGGUUGUGGGCAGUACUUGCCGCAGUUGGUCUUGACCGCCCGAAAGCAGUUGGUGGGAAGUCUGAGCAUUCCGAUGAUGUGGUUGCAGGUCAGUGAUCUCGUUCCCUUCUUCUUUGGCGUCAGUGGGCCGAGGCUAAUCCCUUUUUGUUCUCAGACCCCUGGUUCCUUUGUCUUCGUUUACACGUUGGCCGUACGACCAGGCGUCAACUGGUCCGGAUGGGCCACCUACCUGUCAGUCCCAUUUCAAAACACAGACUCACUCCCCUCGACCAGCCGUUCACAUUCCUUCCUCUCCUGCGUUGAACAGUAUAACCGGCAUCCUCCAAGGCGCCCUUUUGGUCCUUUGCCUAUGCUGGAAAGCAAGGCAGAACCGAUUGGGCAUUGAUGAUUGGGGAAACAAGGUUGAGGAUCCGACAUCGACAGAAGGUGGUGCGACCGGAGCAGGGAGGGAAGAGAGCCCGACGGAACAUACGAGGUUGUUGCGGUGA